CUGCAACUUUCAGCCUUUCUCUCCAAGUUCUUCACUUGUUCUUCACAACAGGAGUGCAUAGUGACCUCUGCCUAGCCUUUGGAAUUGCAGAAGGCACAAAGCCUGCUAGGGUUUAGCUCUUCUUCGUCGCUCCGCCAAGCCGAACGGACGUAGAGAGGCUCUAUCACCAGCAGGGGUCGCUGUUCGCUAGGAGCAGCAGCCGGGCCACCGCCACGGCCCGCGCCUCCCACGGCCCCUCCGGCCCAACCCGCCAAGUUCCAAGAGCUCCCAGUCGAGCGAGCGCCGGGAACGAGCACUGCCUGGGCAGCACACGGCGCACACGAGCCAGCUUGUGGCGCGCCCUGAAGAGGUUCUUGAGACACUUAACGGACCUGGGACUUUGAAAGGAAGACUCAGGAGCCCCGCGCGCACAAGUGAUCAAGCCAGCGCUCCACCGGGCACCUGUUCGUCCCGCACUACAGCCACUCUGGUCCCCACCCUUCCGAUCCUCGCCUUCCCGGCGCCUGCUUCCUCCCGUGAUGAAUUCAGUGCUGGGCAACCAGACCGACGUGGCUGGCCUGUUCCUGGCCAACAGUAGCGAGGCGCUGGAGCGCGCGGUGCGCUGCUGCACCCAGGCGUCGGUGGUGACCGACGAUGGCUUCGCGGAGGGCGGCCCCGACGAGCGCAGCCUGUACAUCAUGCGCGUGGUGCAGAUCGCUGUCAUGUGUGUGCUCUCGCUCACUGUGGUUUUUGGCAUCUUCUUCCUUGGCUGUAACCUGCUCAUCAAGUCCGAAGGCAUGAUCAACUUCCUAGUGAAGGACCGGAGGCCGUCUAAAGAGGUUGAGGCAGUGGUCGUGGGACCCUACUGAGUGGCCCUCGGGUCGCCUUCCGCACCUCCGCCAGCCGCGAUGCUCCCCUCACCAUCACGGACCGAGCAACGCAAACCUGUCGGAGUCAGUCUUUUCUCUUGACUUCUGCCUUUGGGGAAAAAGUGACCGAUUUCUGAUCGCUCUUCGAAAGGCCCCAAGCAAGACUGUAGACGAGGAGCUCCCAGACUUCGGGACUCAGCAGCAGGUGGCAAAAGCAGGGCGCAGAACUUGGGAUACGGGGAGAUGGUACCCGGCGGAGAAGGCCCCUUUCCACCUGCAGGUGGGCUCAGCAUUGGGGACAACUUGAGAGGCCGAGCAAGGCGGGGUGUGGAUGGGUGUGUAUUCCCAGGCACCAGUAGCCCAGUGACUGGAAAAAGUGACUGUUUCUACGCCACGCUGCAGACCUAAUUGGGAACAUAGAUGCGUGUGGGUUUUGCGCCUGCUAGGAGAGUGAAACUUUGAUCGAUAGUAACCUGUGGUUUUAAGGGAUUUGUGUUAGUUUGCUUGAAUAGAAAUAUUUGAUAAGUCUUUUGAGCCCUAGUGGCCUGUUUGCCUGCCUGCGGGUUAGGGGCUUUGUGAUUCUGGGAGAACGGGUGGGGGGAGGGGAUCCUGAGACUGUGAAUGGGGUAAGUGCUUUCUUUUAGUGCAUUUCCAGCUGGGUCUUUAUGGGUGGCUAGCGCUCCAGCUAAGCCCAGCACAAAGAUUCAGAGUAGAAUUCUUAGCUUGUGUCUGCACGGUUUACGCCACAAAAGUGCUCUUGAUAUCCGUGACACCGUUUGACUUUUUUCUUAUUUAACAUUUCCUUAAUAAAUGCAACCUUUAAGUGUUUUGUUUCUGG